CAAAAGGCUUCUGGUUCUCAUAUCAGGGUGGAAUUAUAAAAAGGUUGAAUGUCUUAGUGUUAGUCUGUCCUUUACUUCAUAAACAGCUUUGUGCCAUAGCUGGCUGGCGUUGGAAUAAGUUCUUAAACCAUCUUACCCUCUACUGUACACCAGACAAUUAUGAACUCUUUCCAGGAAAAUCAGACCGAUUUGGAGGUUAUCUUCGAGUUUCUGGAAGAGUACUACAGGCAGAACACUGGAGUCGGUAGUGAAAGAGUGGAAGAGAACUGUGUUUGGUCCACACCUCUGCCUGUGAAGGAACGUAAUGGAAGUGAAUCAGGAUUGACAUAUGAGGGUGAUAAAGCUGACCUCCAACCAACACAAUCAAAAUGUAACACCGCAACAUUAAACCAAACAACUGUCACAUUAUCUGAGCUUCGGUCGGCUCCAAACUCUGUGUUUAAAUGGAAAUCGUCCACAUGCCACACUGAACCUGCUAUGAGAGGUAGAAAGGUACGAUUGUUUCACUUCCUGUUUGAGAUGCUCGAAGAUCCAGACAUGGCCCAUUGUGUUUCCUGGGUGCCAGAGGCCUCAGGGGUCUUCAGCUUUUCCUCAAAGUACAAGGACCAGGUAGCAGCACUUUGGGGCCAGAGGAAAGGAAACAGAAGGCUUAUGACAUACCAGAAGAUGUGCAGGGCUUUGAGGAACUAUAGGCGUUCUGGAGAGAUAUUUAAAGUUAAGAAGAAGCUCACCUACCAGUUCAGCAGAGACACACUGAGUGCCUUGAGGAUGUGCCACGGAAAACAUUCAAGCACAAAUGCUUACAAGAUUGAAACUUUAUAAAUGACAAGGGCUUCGGAUAGGAAGUUUUAGUUAUUUUGGUAAAUAGCAUUUAAUCCAUUAUGUUGCAUGUUGCGUUAAGAUUUUUGUUCAGUAGGCUAUAGGCUACAUUUGCAAUACUGCUCAAAUUCCUGCACAGAUAAAGCCACUGACUCGAUACCUAAAAAUUAAUCAGACCGUUUUUCGCCAAACAGCUGGCCGUUUCAUUGAAAAUUAAUUGUUUAUUAAUUAAUUAAUUAAUUAUUUAAUAACUAGAUGAUUCAACCAAUUCUACAAGCAAACAAAUUUGCAUCAUUUUAUUUACAUUCUCUAAAAGAAGGGAGAACGCAUAUUUAAAGUACGCCAUUAGCAUCGAUACUUUCCAUGCUUCGUCAUAAAGUUUAAAACUGACCACACUCUGUGGGGAGCAUAAAUAUGCAGCGUACGCGACAGCGACAACUGAUGACUGGACGAGUAAGUUCACCACCGUAUCAUGCGUGGGCCUAUGUGGGUGAGAUGGUUGUCCAUCUUUAUAAUGUAACUGUAGUGUUAUGUAACUGUGUCUUCCGAUGUCAAUAACCUGUAGGCCUACAGGUUUGACUUUGGC